UGGUGGGUUGUCGACAUAAGCAGAGUCCUGGUGCGCGUCUACACGCCUGUGGGCAAGGCCGAGCAGGGCAAGUUCGCCCUCGAGGUUGCUGCUAAAACUCUGCCUUUUUAUAAGGACUACUUCAAUGUUCCUUACCCUCUUCCUAAAAUUGAUCUCAUAGCUAUUGCAGACUUUGCUGCUGGUGCCAUGGAGAACUGGGGCCUUGUUACUUAUAGGGAGACGGCGCUGCUCAUCGACCCCAAGAACUCCUGCUCCUCGUCCCGCCAGUGGGUGGCGCUGGUGGUGGGGCACGAGCUGGCGCACCAGUGGUUCGGGAACCUCGUCACCAUGGUACCGGGCCCCAAAAUCCCAUUUUUAUUACAACCUGCCCAAAAUCUGGGUUUGGAUGCACCUAAACUGCACCACGCUGUGAUAACAGAAUUAAUAUUUAAAUAGUGAUUUAUGGUACCG